CACACACACACACAGUGAAGUGAACAAAACACACUGAUAUAUACACUUUCCCCCUUCAUUCGCUGAUUCCUUUGCUUUGCUUCACUCUUUUUCUCUUCCGAUCCGCGUUGCUGUUAAUCCCAAUUUUAACCUAAUUCAUCCCCCUUCGUUUAUAUAAACAACCAAAAAAUUGGGGAUUAGUUUAUUCUGUGUAGACGGAGUCGCAGAGAAUUGAAGGACAGAAAAGUAAUACAAUUCAAAAGCGCUCCAUGAAUUUCGCAAUGCAUGGAAUUGGGGAGAAUCGUUUAUCGUGGGUGUGUGGCUUGUGAUUGUGGAUUGUGUUUGGAUACAAGGAAGCAUUUCCCUGUUACUUUGAUGUGAAGCAAAGAAACUUUACUGCACCAUGGGAUAGUGAUAUAUGUUUGUACAAUACAUAGGUAUCAAUAUGAAUUUAUAGGAAGAUCUGAUGGUUGGUCAGGCACCUCCUCCUAGUCACUUUGUACGCUUGGAGAACAAGAGGGCUAAAAAUAAUCUUUAUAUGAGAAAGAGAACAAGGAUGCGUAAGUGGCUGUGCUGCACCUGUCAAGUAGAGGAGUCCUAUCAUCCCGAUGAAAACGAACACCUCAAGAGCCCGAGAGAUAAUGGUGAUGGGCAUCAAAGAGGCUCAAAGGUAUCUGCUCCCGUGAAACCUGAAGUUCAGAAGGAAUUACCUUCUAUCGAGGUACCUUCACUCUCCCUUGAGGAACUAAAAGAGAAAACCGACAAUUUUGGAUCAAAGUCACUAAUUGGCGAAGGAUCAUAUGGGAGAGUUUACUUCGCACAAUUGAAUGAUGGGAAAGAGGUUGCUGUCAAGAAGCUUGAUGUAUCUUCUGAGCCUGAUUCAAAUGUUGAGUUCUUGACUCAGGUUUCGAUGGUGUCAAGAUUGAAGCAUGAUAAUAUUGUUGAAAUGCUUGGCUACUGUGUUGAUGGCAAUCUUCGCGUCUUAGCUUAUGAAUUUGCCACCAUGGGAUCUCUUCACGACAUUCUACAUGGAAGGAAAGGGGUGCAAGGGGCACAACCUGGUCCAACACUCGACUGGAUACACCGGGUUAAAAUUGCUGUUGAUGCUGCCAGGGGUUUGGAGCAUUUGCAUGAGAAGCUUCAGCCAUCAAUAAUUCAUAGAGAUAUCAGAUCCAGCAAUGUACUUCUUUUUGAAGACUACAAGGCCAAGAUUGCCGACUUUAAUCUUUCAAACCAAGCUCCUGACAUGGCUGCCCGACUUCAUUCUACUCGAGUUCUGGGAACCUUUGGUUAUCAUGCUCCAGAGUACGCAAUGACAGGACAAUUGACACAGAAGAGCGAUGUUUAUAGCUUCGGGGUUGUUCUGCUUGAGCUUUUGACUGGAAGGAAGCCUGUUGAUCAUACCAUGCCUCGUGGACAGCAGAGUCUUGUUACUUGGGCCACACCUAGAUUGAGUGAGGACAAAGUGAAACAAUGUGUUGACCCAAAACUCAAGGACUAUCCCCCUAAAGGGGUAGCCAAGUUGGCAGCUGUUGCAGCAUUGUGUGUGCAGUAUGAAGCAGAGUUCCGGCCGAAUAUGAGCAUUGUUGUGAAGGCUCUGCAGCCCCUUCUGAGGUCGACUGUCCCUGCUCCUGAGACAAGUUGAAUUGCGAGGUUUGGAUCAAUUAUGACAUACAUGAGGUGCCGCCUAUUUCUUCAGCCUUUGCUUCUCUGGGUUUGAGAUGUGUUCGGGUUUCUGUUGGGAUUCGUUUUUCUUUUGUUGGUAGUGAUGUAUUGUAAGUCAUGACUGGAUUGACUACUUUGCUGCUUAGGCAAAAGAUUGACGCCAUAAACAUGGAAUACCCUUAUUUUUAAAAUCUUUUCAAAUUGUUUGGAUUGAUUGUGAA